CGCGCGGGUAUCAGCUGUGCUCGAAUUUUGAAAUGCACAACUGAGAAAGAAAUGCUGCUUUGAACAAAAUGUUUGAAAAUUUAGCAUUGAUAGCCUCUACGGCUCUGAUUGUGAGAUAUUUACCCAAAUUCCGACAGUGGAAUCUUCCCGUUCAUGUUGGUGGAUACGUCAAACCCGGCUUUGAAGAGGUCGAGGAAGUAUUCAGGAGAAAUUUUGAGAAAGGACCAGAAAAAAGAAAGAGUGGCUCUGGAUUUGCAGUGUACCAUAAAGGAGAGAAAGUAGUCAACAUCUUUGGGGGUUACGCUGAUGCAGAUAUCCUGCAAUUAUGGCGAGAAAAUACCCUGUCACUUGUAUAUUCUACAUCAAAAGUUGUAGGAGCUAUUUGUAUUGCUAAGCUGGUAGAUGAAGGAGUGCUGGAGUACCAGAGACCUGUAGCUGACUACUGGCCUGAGUUUGGAGCAAAUGGCAAGGAUAGAAUCACAGUACAGCAACUCAUGGAACAUAAGGCAGGUCUGCCGCUAUUCCCGGAGCCGAUCACAUAUGACUUGCUGCGAGACAAAGCCAAGCUGGGUGCCAUGUUUGCAGCGGCUUCCCCCUGCUGGGAACCAGGCACAGCUCAUGGUUACCACGCUGUCUCCAUCGGCCCUCUUACAAGCGAGCUCCUCAGGAGAGUGGACCCCAAGGGAAGGACGCUUGGAAAGUUCUUUGAUGAGGAGAUUGCAAAACCCUUUGGUAUAGAUUUCUUCAUCGGUCUUCCUCUGGAGCAGAACCACCGCACAGCCAAGCUGAUCUGUGCAGAUCCUGGUCCUGGUGUUUCAUUCCGGUCCGUGAGAAACUCUUCCAAGAACAGGACCGCUAUAGCAGGAAGCAUGAAGGACAUGACGUACGUCACAAAACUGGUCCAGAAUAGUGGAGAAUUGAAGGAUUUCUUCAGGACACAAAACAACCCAGAGUAUCGGGCUGUGGAAAUCGCAUCAGCGAAUGGCUUUGGGACAGCCGAGGCUUUAGCCAAGUUGAUGGGGAUUCUAGCUGUAGGAGGAACAGACCCCGUCACUCAGAAGACCCUUCUCUCCAAGAAAAGAGUGGAGUCUUUCUUGGAGUCUGAACCAGAGACGAUAGACAAGGUCAUCCAGAUCCCCAUCUCAUGGAAGUGCGGCAUGGCAAUAGACGAUACAGAGGACGGGGGUAAGAUAUUUGGUCACCCUGGUGCCGGAGGGCAGGUGGCUUUCACCGAUCUCGAGCAUCGCCUUGGUUACGCCUUCACCAGCCGAUACGCUGCCCCUUUUGGCUUCGGAGACGACCCACGAUUUAAGAACUUGCAGAAAGCUAUGUAUAGAUGUGUCAAGAAACUAGAAGUCAUGAAUUAAAAUGUAGAGGUGUGGUCGUCUAGGGGAAAAGUCACCGGACUGUGAACAACAAGGUAUGGGGUUCAAAUCCCUGCCACAUUACAAUGUCCUUUAGCAGCACAUAAAUCUACAUUUGCAACUCUCAACCCAGGGGAGGUAAAUGGGUAACGAGCAGGAAUUAAUUCUUUAUUGGCAGCCAUGCUUAAGGCUGGGUUAUAAUGGCGGAGUGCAAGGAGUGUCAAGUCUGACUUAAGCACUCUACAAGAACCCACUAUUUUGCUAUAACCCUAGUAUCAAAAUAAAUCUCAUAUUAAAUUGAUUCAAUCUUUGAAAACAAAUGGAAUAUGGGUAAUUUUUAUAUUUUACAACCCACUCCUAGAUCUUAAUCAUUUGAUUUGUCAAACAAAGCCACGUGUGAGACUGUUUGAGACUAUAACACAUUUUUAAAAUUAAAAGUGUUCAUAAGUUUCAAGUACUAUUCAGUAAUUGUACAGUUUGGUGUAAAAAUGCCAAAGUAAAAAUGCCAGAGGUAGAAAUGUCAACUGCUGUAGUUUACCACUUAACAUUUGAACAAUGCAAUAGGGCUAAAGGAAAGAAAAAAUUAUUAAAUGUAUUUAAAAAGAUGAUUAAUGUGUUUCACCAUGUAUAAAAGAUGAUCUAUUUUUAUAUUGUGAUAUGAAAAUUACUGUUUUCUUUCUGGAUUUUGACUUGUUUGUGCAAUAAUGAUCAUGUUCAUGAUGUGCUUAUUGAACUGGUAUCCAUGUAAAUCUACCAAAGCUUUUUAAAAUUUCUUACUAGUAAGAUAUCUUAGCAUGUUGAUGGAGGGUCGUGUAUAUUAAUGCAAAACAAAAGUAAAGCUUUCACUUUUGCCUUUGGAUUUAACAAGAAGUAUGCAUCACAUAGCAUUUAUGAAAUUUUGCAUCCAAUUUUCUUAAAAUUGCUGUUUUAAAUCAACUGUCCGGACACACAAUUACUUGGUAUAAUUACCCCCAAUCCUUACAUUCUCACAUUUUUUUUACUAUGAAGGGCAGCAAAAAUAAAAAAAGCCAUAUUCUACUAUAAGUAAUUAUAUGAACUGUACAUUAAAACAUGAUGUAAAACAAA